AUGGGUCGGGAAGCAAGGGGAUCAUCCGUGCUAGUUUUGUUCUUCUUCUUACUCGCCUCGUGUUGCCACGGUUCGAGGAACAUCCAAGCAUUCCACGUAGCAACGACGCCGACAUCGAAUAAUUCGGGCCACUUCCUCGGGUUCUUGCCGAGGUCAACACCCAUACCUCCUUCCGCUCCUUCCAAGCAGCACAACGACAUCGGUUUGCAAGGUUACGGCAAGCCUUGA